AUUUAAAUCCUUUUGUAGACACUUAUAUAUCUGCAGGAAAUGAGGAUCUACAAGACCCUUUAUAUUAUAUUUUAAUACAUAAUAAGCAUGGUAAAGAUAUGAGACAAUAUAAUGCACUAUUGGCUGAGGAAGUAGCUGCAAUUUGUUUUUCUGAUAAAACUAUGCAUGUAAGAGAUAUUCUUAUUGUAAGACAUGAUGAUGAAUUAGAAAGAAUAUCUGAAUUACAUAGUGCAUAUGAUCCUUUAGCAUAUUCUAUGCUAUUCCUAUGUGGAGAAUAUGUCUCUAAAACUUCUGAAGCUAAAGUUGGAGCAAGUAAUAUCUUUAAUAUUGACUUUGAUACUUUAUUAGAAAGAGAAUCACAAAGUGAAACAGGAUUAACAAGUGUUUUGAAAUCUGCAACUAUUAGAAGUUCAUCAAGUAUGAUGAGUUUUGAUGAUGAAAAUAUUGAUGCAGCUGAUAAGGAUUAUUUGGAAAGUUGA